UGUUGUGGCAACGAAACUCAAUUUAACAGUCUGUUUACCUUUUCCGAAAGAUGAUGAGUUGGUAAACAAAGGCCCGGCCUGCCAAACCCUGUUUUGGUCCCCUCGUGCCGCGCAAGCCUGUGAUAGCACCCUUGCUUUCUUCACUCGCAUCUAUUGCUGCUGCUUUCACAGUCUUCGUCUCGAUCUCCUGCUGCUCUUAACCGAACACGGCUGCCUCUUUGUGGUCCUUUCCUUCCUUUGAAUCGGGAAUUCUCUGCUUUGAACAGAAGUAGGCCAGCGGAAGCAGGUUCAUUGCCCUUUUUGUUGAUACAUCCGCCAACUGAGGCUAUCGACAUUCACAAUGGCCAACGAUGCACCCCCUUCUGUGCCGCUUUCUUUCUCCAAUAACUUCUGGGGUGUGGAGGAGAAAGGGGUCAGUGUGAUCUUUCAGCGUAUGAGAGAAGCUAAACAAACUUGUGAAGAAUUGAAGUCGUUCUACAAAGAACGAACCGCAAUCGAAGAAGAGUACUCCCGCAAGCUUCUAGCUCUUUCACGUAAGCCCCUUGGACAGCAUGAAAUCGGAAGCCUCCGCUCCUCGCUCGACACUCUGCGUUUCGAGACCGAGCAGAUGGGAAAAGCGCAUCAUAACAGCAGUCUCCAGCUUCGCACCGAACUCGACGAGCCUCUUACAACUUUCUCGGCCGGCAUGCGUGAGCGGCGAAAGAUUGUCCAGGGUACGCUUGAGAAGCUGUUUAAAGCCAAACUCGCCCAGCAGGCAAACGUGGCUAAGAACCGGGAUCGCUAUGAGAAUGACUGCAACAAGAUCAAUGGAUAUAUUGCGCAGCAGAAUAUGCUUAUGGGGCGCGAGUUGGAAAAGAACAACGCCAAGCUGGAAAAAGCACAGGUUGCUGUUAAUGCGUCCCGAAGAGAUUACCAGGCCUCGUUGCGCAACUUGAGCGAGACGAUUGAGAAGUGGAAUCGUGAGUGGAAGGCUGGUUGCGACAAGUUCCAGGACCUUGAGGAAGAGAGAAUUGAUUUUUUGAAGUCCAACAUCUGGGCGUUCUCAAAUAUCAUCUCGACUGUGUGUGUCAGUGAUGACGAGUACUGCGAGAACAUUCGCGUCUCUCUCGAGCGGUGCGACGUUGAGAAAGACAUUGUUGCCUUCGUCAGGGAAAGAGCUACUGGUCAGGAGAUUCCUGACUCGCCAAAGUAUAUCAACUUCAUGGACGGAAGCAGCGCUUACUCUAUGGAGACCAACAACUACACUCUCGCGCAGUUCUCAAGACAAACAAAUCUCCAGUACAGAUCGAGCGAUCUCGAGGUCUCCGCCGACCACAGACUCGAGGACAGUGAGAACACCAAGUCAGGAAUGGUCCGAUCACAAUCGAACCAGAUCGACGCUAUGCUUGCCUCGCUUUCUGUCUCCUCUCCCGCUUCUGCGGGUAAUCGCACACCAGUUAAGGCUGGUGACGAUAGUCCCUACGCGGCUGCAGACAAUACCAGAUCUGUCGCUGGUAAUGUGAUGGAGAGAGUACCGACCCUUCAGUAUCCUGAAGAGGCGCUUUCGAGUGCGCAUAGCUCUCCCGUUCACCGUGGAAGAAGUCCUUCUGGCGACUCCAGCUUCUCGCAUGCAACCACUGUUUCUUCAUCUUCUGAGAAUGAGCUUUCAACUCCUACCAAAGCCAAACCUGACGCGGCAAGCAUGUUGGACCAGACUCCAACUCCAACUGCUGAGAAGAAGAAAAGAGGCGGAUGGACAUCCCCUUUCAAGCGCAAAAGCAAGAUGGAUCUUCAAAAUGACUUGGACGAUCAGGACUAUAUCAAGCCUAAUACUUCUUCUUCGCCGUAUGGAGCAGGUCAGUUCUCAAAGUCACGCACAAACUUGGAAUCCCGCAGCCCGUCUCCGGCUAAGUCAGCGACCGGCACUCCUUAUGGUUCGCCAGACAAGUACGGCUCGAGCUCUUUUGGACACAGUCGUUCAGAGUCCAAGGUCACGCCUGUUGCUGCUCGCUCGCAGAUGAAUAGCAGAAACUCGCCUGCCGCUGGAAACAAUCAGUACGAGAAUUCAGAUCCUAGAGCACGUUACGUGUUGUCUGUAGGAGAAAACGCGUUUGAUGUUGAUCCGAGCAGCAAGAAAUCUGCAAAGCAGCCCACUCUUGAAGAUGCAGACGAUGAGGAUCCUAUUGCAGCAGCAUUGGCAAAUUUGAAGGGAGGUGAGAUGCCCGCUAGUCAGCUACGUGCAGAGAAGAAGUACGGACUCGGGAACGGCAAGCCAGCCAGAGGUGGAGCAGGACAUCGAGUACCGUCGUACUCUGCUCCGACGAGCCCCCAAAACAACAUGGUUAAGAGCAGUGCUAACGGAGCACCUCCUCCAUCUCACAUGAGGCAGCCUGAUUUCUCCGCAGCGCCCCAGCAGUCCAGCUUGGUUCCUCCUGCUCAGGUUAUAACCGCUCAGGAGAUGCGUGAUACUGCCCUUGAGUAUACCUCCAAGACUCAAGAGAUGUUCCAAGGAGGUAGUCGCAGUGGACCCCAACCGCGCCAUGCUAAAAGCCAGUCUUCCUUGGGCGGAUACUCUCCCCAGCAACGCCCUGUUCAGCAGCGUCCCGUUCAGCAGCAGAGACCACCUUCUUCUCAGUCGCAGUUCAAUAGACCAAUGAGUCGUGGAGCACCGGGAUACGGUCAGCAGCAGUCGCCUCAGCAACAAGAACAGUACCGUUCGCGAUCGCGUGCAGAACCGGAUUACGGAAGAGAAGGUCCUUACGCUGGAGGAAGUCCUGCAGCUCAUGCGGGAGCUGCCUCGCGCUCUGCAUCACCCGGUCCACAAAUGAUGGGCCGUCCCCGCUCUGCGUUUGCGUAUGAAUCUCCCAAUCAGUAUAGUCCUGAGCAGAACCGGGCGCGCUCUCGGGCUGGCGGGUACGAAAACAGCCCAAGAGGCGUUUCGCCUCAUCCUGAGCAGCAACGUCCGGUGUCUCGUCAGUACCAGCAAGAUGCUUCUCCUAGAGGCGGAUAUCAGGGCGGCAACCAGGCUGCCUACGAAAGACCAAAGAGCAAGUCGGCUCUCGACGUGCGACACCCCGUCCCCGGCGAGCUUCCGCAGUACUCGCGAGACGGAAGAGAGGCUAUUGCCUACGCGCGCGCUUUGUAUGACUACAGAGCUAUGAUUCCUGAGGAGGUCAGCUUCCGUAAGGGCGAUGUCAUGCUUGUUUUGUUGAUGCAGGAGGACGGAUGGUGGGAGGCGGAGGUUUUGGGACCCAGAGCUAGGCCGCAGCUGGGUCUUGCACCCAGUAACUUUCUGCAGACGAUUUAGUUGAGCAGCAUGUCCUGCCAUUGCAGUACUCUUUAGAAAGAGAAGAAACUGACGCUAAUCGAAAGUUUUUGUUUGGACGACGAAGGUCCGCGAUAGUCACUCAUUUAUUAGUAUUUUGGUAUUCCAUUUUGAGUUUUUUUGUUUUGAAUAUUUGACAUUUUGAUGAAGAUAAGAUGUACAGAUUGCAGCCGCAGGCGGUCUGGAACAUCUCUUUUAAUGAUAGGUGAUAAUUUUUGGUUAUAUACACGCUCCUUAUUAUGUAUUUCCUGUGUUUUUUAUUGUUUCUGUCGAUUAGUGAAGUGCGAAAAUGCAUUA